AUGCAGAAUGCUUUGAGAAGUGAAAGUGUGUCGGGUCUGGCUGUGGCAGGGUAUGCAGUAAGUGUAAUCGAAUUAGCCCCCAAAUUCGCGGGACUUAUUAUGGGAUUUGCAAAUAGUAUCAGCACACUUACUGGUAUUUUAUCAACAGUGAUAGCGACAGUGGUAGUACACUAUUUAAGUACGGGUGUAGGAGCAGGUUGGAUUGUUGCAAUGAGCUUAGCAGCCGGAAGUCAAUUCUUCGCGGCAAUUUUCUUCCUCAUUUUUGCCUCAAGCCAAGAACAGGAGUGGGCAAAAGGAGAUGACAGCAGCUUUGGGCCAUCCGAAACCAUGUUUCAUCCUCCCGGCAACAGUCACCUCAACGCUGCUGCCAAUCAGAGCAGGCUUCAACAUCACAUGCUACAGCUCUGUGAAACAGACAAUAUUGAAGCGAAUUACGGAUGA